AUGACGCCUUUCAGUGCCCGAGCGCUUUCCAUGAUCACGAGCAUCUUCUUAGUGACCUUCAUUCUCUCGUUCAUUUUGACAGCAGGUGCUGUCCCUAUUGUGAGGUAUACAGUCAAACCGGUUACUCAGUCGGACUUGUCAGAACUACCUUCCACACACUGGGCACAGUACCAGACCCUGUGCGACUCGCCAGGCGCUGCGCGAAAGAUCCCACUCGUGGAUUCACUGAACCGAGUCUUUGAGAACGUUGCCACCGCGAAUGCCCGCUUCCCCUUCUACGCCUGGGGCAACUCGUCCUGGUACGUGAGCAGCAUGGGCUUCCUCUCCCCCACCCCGUACGGCAUGUGCAACGGGUACUGCGCGGCGCGUUUCUUUGCCGAUCUUGGCGGAACGUACGCGUUUUCGAGCGACACGUCCGUGCUGUACGGCGGUGGCGGCGACUGGCCCAUGAUUGGCCUGUACGCGAUGCCGUUUGAGACGACCGCGGCGAGUGCAUCGGAGAGCUUCAUUUUGACGCUGGACUCCUCCGCGGACGGCGCAGCGUACACGGCAGUGGAGUACUGCAGCGUGCCGGCGCUUAACCAAGCAGCCACCGCGGAGGCCCGGCUGACGGCGCAGGUGGUGGUGUACGCGAACGGCACCAUCAUUAUGCGGUACGCCUCGCUGCCUGACACCCGCGCGCUGCCGGCGUACAUGCCGAGCACGGGGCUCAUCUACUCAAAGACGCUGCGCACGGUGGUGCCGACGCCGACGGCGGCCAACGGCAUUGCCGCGUACCGCUUCGACCCCGUGCUUGACGCGUGUGCCGGACAUGGCGACGCCCCCGCGUGCACGGCGGACACGGGGCGCGGCUGUGUGUGGUGCUUCUCCACGUCGGCGUGCUGUGCGAGCACGCUAGUGUCGGAGGUGUGCCCGCGCGGGCAGUGGACAGCACCUGCAAGCAGCACGGCCGCCUUCACGCCGCAGCAGUUCUACGACGUCACCGUGGACUUUGACACCCCAUUCGUGGCCAUGGCAGACCGCAGCCGCACCUUCGCACUGGCGAGCGGCUACUUCCCUCUUGCUCUUGCGAACCCUCAGCAGAACAUUCCACUGUUCCGGACCCCGUCGCUAGAGCGCGUCUACUGCAUCCCUGGUGCCUCCUGCCCCAUGCAAACCAACACCCACCCUUGCGGUUUGCUUGGUAACACGUGCGUGAACGGCAACUACACGUUCUCUAUCUUGGCGCUUGAAUCGGAGUUCAUCUUCGCGAAGUCCGGGCGCUGGGAUGCACGGGUGCUACCCCAGCGCUCCCACGGUGAAGAGCUCUGCGAGGAGGCCGCCGGCUGCGCUGAGGGCGUGGUGGGGCGGUUGACCGGGGCUGCCUUCAGCAACCACUACUCCUCCAUGCCACUCUUCUCGGUGCAGCUGUACGCCGACAUCAGCGGCGUAGUCGACGUCACGAUUCAGUGUGCAAGCUGUGCGCCGGGCGACCCGAUGCUCGCCCACCCCCCAAUGCGCGUUGGGCUUGUCCGCUACGGUGUGGACGACGCAUCGUCGGUGAUGGUCCCGCAGGGCCUCCUGCGCAGCGGGCUGCACGUCCGCUUUGUGCCGAAGUCGAGUUGCGUCGACUGCGGAGUGAACGGGUGGUGUGACGAGUCUUCGGGAACGUGCCACUGCCAGCCGGGGUACUACGGCAAGAGCUGCGCGGCGUGCCCUGCGUGCUGGGCGGGCAGCGAGUGCGACGACGGGAGCACCGGCAGCGGGACGUGCCUGUGCAAGGGAGAGGCGUGCGAGGCGGCGUGCGCAGGCACCAGCGGCGGGAGCAUGGCGUCAAGGAGCUGCGCCGGGUGUGAUGCUGUUGGUGGGCGGUGCAACUGCGGCGUGUGCGAAUGCCAGGGUGGGUGGGGCGGCGCGGACUGCAACGUGGCUCCUGCUGACGCGUGCCGUGCGUACUCGUUCGACGGGUGCAAGGUGUGCGGGCAGCACGAGGGGUGCGUGUUUUGCCAUGACUCGACGUGCUUCAAUCCUGCGCUGAGUGGGACGCCUGGCGGGUACACGUGCUCGUACAGCACCCCCGCCGCGGACACGCAGGCAUGUGUGACCUACAGGAGCCGUGGUUGGCUUCCACCGACAUCUGCGUCAGCUUUAUCUGCUGCUGGUACUUGGGUUACUGCGGGGGCGGUUGUGGCAGGGUUCAUUAUGGUUUACGUCGUCUGCUGGUGUUUUUCCCACCAAAAGCGUCGUGAUCUAACGGUCCAGCUGGCGGUUGGCACAACAUCCACCUUCUUGAAGCCAUACCGAGAGCGGGAGGUGGUCCAGUUCGACUUCACACGGGAACGGUCUUUGGAGAGGGAGCUCAUGGGGAUUCCCCUGAGGCAGGUAUCCCUCCAGCGGCUGUUCAAGCGUCGCAGGGAAAACUUGAUGAGGGAGCAUUGA